AUGACAGAUUGUACACCAUUAACCACUCCUAUUCCUGUGUCAAAAUCUAUUCCUUCCAGUGCAGAUUUGUAUGAUGAUCCUACACAGUACAAGAUUUCACAUUGGGCACAAUUGAAGCGAGUACUGAGGUAUGUUAAGCGAACUACUACUUAUGGUUUACGUAUAAGGAAGUCAGUGACAAAUGAUAUACAUGGUUUUUCUGAUUCUGAUUGGGCUGACUGUCUUGAAGAUCGUAAGUUAACUAGUGGUUAUGCUGUAUUUCUUGGGUCUAAUCUUGUGUCUUGGGUUUGUAAGAAACAGAGAGCUGUAGCUAGAUCUUCUACUAAGGCUGAAUAUAAAGCUCUAGCUGAUGAAAGUAAUAUGGAUUUUGUCACUGCUAUGUGA